AUGAUUUUCCAAAAUAAAUAUAAAAUACUGAUUUGUGUCACUCGCGAUAUGUCGGAUUCGGCGAUUAAACAAUUACAAAAAGAAUUCCCACCGAUAAAGAAUAACUUAAUAUUACGAGCAUGUCGUGGUGAACCACUUGAACGUGUUCCAAUCUGGAUUAUGCGUCAAGCGGGUCGAUAUUUGCCUGAAUAUUUAUCGCUUCGAAGUGAACAUUCGUUUUUUGACGUGUGUCGCACGCCUGCAUUGUGUUGCGAAGUGACUCUUCAACCAUUACGACGUUUUGAUCUUGACGCUGCUAUUAUUUUCAGUGAUAUUCUUGUUGUGCCACAAGCACUCGGAAUGCAGGUCGACAUGAUCGCAAAGGAAGGACCGCGUUUCGCACAUCCGUUAAACGUUCCAGCUGAUAUUAAGUUACGCAUUGAUCGAUCAAGACAAGCAAGUGUCGAAUUAAAAUAUGUUUAUGAUGCAAUCACUUUGACAAGACACGCAUUGAAUGGGCAAUGUCCAUUGAUUGGCUUUAGUGGCGCGCCAUGGACAUUGAUGUCUUACAUGAUCGAGGGAAAAGGCAGUGAAACUCAUUCCAAAGCGAAAAAAUGGUUAUAUACAUACGUCGAAGAAUCGCAUGACCUUCUUCAAUUCCUAACUCAUUUUAUAAUCGAUCAUCUCGUUGAGCAAGUCUGUGCUGGCGCUCAACUUCUCCCGCUGUUUGAAUCACAUUGUGGUUGCUUAAAUCAUGAUUUGUUUAUCCGUUUUUCUCUUCCAUAUUUACGUCAGAUUGCUAAAGGUGUUCGUGAAGCAUUGACUCGACGUCAUAUUCCAUACGUUCCAUUGAUCAUCUUUGCAAAAGAUGCUCAUUAUGCAUUAGACGAAUUAUGCUCAUCAUCAUUUGAUGUUGUUGGUCUUGAUUGGUCGAUAACACGAAAACAAAUUCGAACCAUACGAGAUAAAUAUCCAACAGUGACUUUACAGGGAAAUCUUGAUCCAUGUGCACUUUAUGCAUCGAGCGACGAUUUAGAAAAAAUGAUUAAACAAAUGCUUGAAAUCUUCGGAACGAAACAUUACAUUGCAAAUUUAGGUCAUGGCAUCUAUCCUGAUGCCAAUAUCGACAAUGUUAAACAUUUUAUUGACACAGUUCAUCGAAUAUCCAGCGAAAUGAUCUCAUCUACAACGUUGACGAAGACGAUUAACUCGAAUAAAUAA